AAACGCCCGGAUUAUAAGAGUCCGAGUUAUGGAAGAAGAAAGGCAACAUUAGCAGGUUUGGAAGCCUUCCAUACGGCGGUGGUGGAAGGUUUAUUGGCACAAUAUGAACAGCUAUUAGUGACGCUACCAGCUGACUCGUAA